ACAGACUCUUAUAGUUCAUUUUUUUAGAGAUGAGGUGCAUUUCAAAGCCAGGUACCUUUGAAUGAAUAAGACGUUCCAGUACAGACUGAAUGUUAGUAUUUUUAUGAAAGUGAGAGUUAUUUUUAAGUUUCCAUUGAUGUAUGCUGGUUAUGUAAUCUACUUGGUUUAUAACUGAAUCUUUAUUUUAUACAAUGGAUGAUAAACUUAAUGUAACAUAUAUAACUCUUGAUGGGCAUGUGGAAGUGCACAAAUACAGAUAUCUUUAUUUUUUGGUUAUGCUUACAGUAUAUAUUCUAAUAAUCUGCUGUAGUUUCACCAUUGUGGGCCUUAUCUGGAGGCACAACAACCUCCAUGAGCCUAUGUACAUUUUCAUUGCAGCUUUGCUUCUGAAUUCUGUUGUUUUCAGCACUGCUAUGUACCCAAAGUUGUUAAUUGACUUUUUAUCCGAAAAACAGAUGAUAUCAUAUUCAGCCUGUAUCUUUCAAUUUUUCCUAAGUUACUCCUUAAGGGGUUCAGAGUUCUUUCUGUUGGCAGCCAUGGCCUAUGACAGGUAUGUGUCUAUAUGUAAACCUCUGCAAUAUCCAACUAUCAUGACAACAACUACAGUGAGAAUUUUCCUGGCUUUAGCUUGGCUUGUGCCUGCUUGUCUGGUUGCAGUUCCAAUAAUACUGAGUGCUGAUAUGAAACUCUGUAAGUUCACUUUAAAAGAAAUUUUAUGUAACAAUUCAAUUUACAGUCUUCACUGCGUGACUUCGAAAGUACUAUAUAAUUAUGGUAUUUUUGGUGUGCUAAGUCUUGGGCUUUUGCCUUUGCUCUUCAUACUUUUCACAUACACCAGGAUAUUUGUAAUAUGUUAUCGAAGCUGUGGAAAUGUCAGAAAAAAAGCUGCACAGACCUGUUUACCCCACCUGUUGGUUUUAAUCAGCUUUUCCUGUUUGUGUUCAUAUGAUAUCAUUAUAGGUCGAGUGGGAUCUGAUUUUCCAAAAAUAGUACGUUUAAUAAUGACUUUACAAGCACUUUUGUAUCAUCCUCUCUUCAAUCCAAUUAUAUAUGGACUAAAAAUGAAAGAAAUCUCUAAACAUCUGAAGAGGUUGUUCUGUCAAAGCAAUGCAAUCUUGUGUAUUAAAAGUGAUGUUAGAGUAAUUGUGUUAAUUAAAAGUUAUAAGUAACAUAAAUCCCAUUGAGAUCAUUUUCUCCCAAAGUUUCUCCCAUUCUUCUUAUAUGUUAAGAUUUUAGUUUUUUACCAUAUCUUCUGAAACAGGCCGGGCUGGAUUUGAGACUGUUGUUAAUGCAGGCAUAUGAAGCCCAUUGACAUCAUUUAAUUACUUUCUCAGUUAUCCCUGAAUAAGAUCUCAUUUUUUCUUUCUUACUUGUUGUUCUAACUUUUGUUUUAAAUGUAUUUACUAAGCUGAAGAGUGAGGUUAUUAUGUUCACUGUAAUACGUGACAUAUGGGGGCGCCCGGAUAUCACACCUGAUAGAACUGGGGCUACUUGUACCAACUCUGAGACCUUGUUGCAACAGCCAGGGUUUUAAUCCGACCUGUUUCCCUUUGCUGCAUGUCAUCCCCUCUCUCUGUCACUCUUCAGCUGACACUAUUGAUUAAAGGCUGCAGCACUAUAACAUCACACAGUCACUGACAAGCACUUUCAAUAAAAAUUCAAUAAAAAAGGUUUAUUUUAAAAAAAGAAAAGAAUAGUCUAUUAAUGUAUACUAUUCAUUCUAGAGAAAGUUUUGGCAUUGCACCAGGUGUCUACCAGCUGUAGCUGUGUCUAUCACAGAUGCGACCAUAGUUAGGCUGUCAGUUUACAUGUGCAUGUCAGUCAGUCAGUUGUGCUUCUGUGUAUAAAGAAGUAUUACAAAGGAGCAUUGCUGAUAUUAGGGCUGUCACUUAUCCCAAAAAUCACCUUUAAAGUAAUUUUGAAUGACACACAACAGACACUAAAGGAUAAGACAUACUCUCUUACCACACCAAUAGGCCGCAUAUCGGCACAUCCUAGCCUAUAGAUCUUGCUAUCAUAUCGGUGUUGGCAUUUUUACAAGCCUCUGGUGAGCGGCCUGCUGAAGCUAAGUGUUCUCAAUAGUAGCAGUCAGACGAUGCCGGCUGCCUCACUUCGGUACCAAGCUAACGUUAGCAAGACAGUGUACAGAUUUGUGGUUAUUGUAGAGUUAGACAGCUGAAGUCGACAGAAGCUGCUCAGAUGCUUUGGUGUCACCAUCGUCUGCUCAGGAUGGCUUCGCUCCAUGCUUUCCUUGCUUGUAUCUUCCAUUUUCGUAGUAAACAACAUGACAUUACCAGCUUAGUUUACUGACAGGUCAACAGGGCAUGCCAUAGGUGAUAGUUGAGUGCCCUCUGCAGGAUCAUAAGGCAGAGUACUUCAAACGGUCUGUUGUGCUUAUAGAUGCUACAUUUGAAAUCCAAACCUUUUAAAAAUGAACCACAAUUGAACACAUUUUUAAUUUAGAAUAAAAAGCAGCAUCCCUAACUAACAUUUGUGUUAUUUCUUUUGCUUACUGAUAAUAUGGCAGUAUUUGAGUGCAUUAAGUGUUACAGUAAGAACUAGGCCAAUGAGCCACUGUUGAAGUUUUCAUUUUUGGAUGUGAAACAUAUCUGCUUAAUUAAAAGAUGUUUAUGUACUAAAUAAAUAAAGUUUCCAUUUUUUAUUUAAAUAA